CUCGCACAUUCUAAAUCGGGUUCGGGUCCGUCCGUGCGUUUGGAUCCGGGGGAGAGAGACAGAAGAGAAGAGAAGAGAAAGGCGACCGCGGCGACGAGGCCCGCUCUUCAUCCUCCAGCGAUCGCCUCCGGAACAGCCGCCGCGCGCCAGGAAGAACCGGCAUCUUCCUCUAUGCAGGCAAUGUAUAUCCGAGUGAAGCGAAACAAGACGACCUACUUCAUACAAUUUGAUCCAACUGAGACAACUUUAAGCAUUAAACAAAAAUUGCAUUCAAUAAUUGAUCAGCCUCCCAGUAAUCAACGACUGAUCUUGUCGGCAACACAUGAUGUACUGGAUGACUCAAAGACGUUGGCAAAUCAGAAGGUUGAAAAUGAUGCUGUUGUUGCAUUAACACUGAGACAAGAUGAUAAUCAGUUCGAGGAUGUUUACAUCGCAGCGCCGGAAGACUCGCCAUCAUGAUUUAGACUCUUGGGCCUUCUGUACUAUAUUAUGAUGUUUGCAAGGACCUCUUCUUUUUCACUUUGUGAAUCGUGUAUCUUGUAUCCUGUUGGGUUUGUAGAAUCUUGUUAAGGAUGCCGGGCAACGAUUAUGUAUUCCAUUAAGCCUUGAUUUUAUCGCCUAACCGAUGUUCCUGCCUACUUGAUUUAUUUGUCUCGUGUUCUCACUAGAGCACAAUGUUGGGCAGGAUGAUGAGAUGAAUUAAUUGAUUUUGAUGGACC